AAUCAUUCCUUGCCUUUUCCGUUGAACAAAUCAUCAGGAUUUUCAUUGAAUUUCGAAAUUAAUAAUGUCAAAAAAGAGAGAACUCUGGUUGACGCCUGCUCCAGCAACAGUUGGACAGGUCCGAGUUGUAUUUUCGUUCAAAUUGUCCAAUCAUGAUAUUGGAAAAACCGACGCGGUUAAAAUCGAAGACGAUAUGACUGUUUCAUAUAUUUGCUCGAACUCAUUUUUUAAUGGAUUGAUCAUGGGCGACAAGAUCAUCAGAGUCAACAAUGUCUCAGGUAGUGCUUCAAGAUGCCAAUCGGAGCUUUUGAGAGGCACCGCGUGUAACGUCGAGGUCUCGAGACGAAAAGGUGUCACCCCGGUGACCUGUGAGCGACUUGCCAAAUCUGGAUGUAAUCUGAGAAAGGGGCAUGCUUGCUUCGUAUUGGAUGUUGAAAGACCACCACACAUGACAACCACGUCAGUCGGCCUGAAGCUUGGAAUCAUCAAAAGACGCGCAUUUGUCACCAAAGUCGACCCGAACACUAUCGCUUCUUCAUUUUUUGGAUGCGGUGAUAGCAUUAUGGAUAUGAGCGGUGCACCGAUUCCGAUGACUGAUAAUCCGGAUAAUUUCAUUCGCGAGCAUCUCUCGAGACUGUCAACUGGAGCAAAAGUGUCAUUUCUGGUGGAGAGACCGAUUUCGGUGGCUAUGGCGAAGCAGUAUCAAAAGUUCAUCGAGUCGAUUACAUAUGAUGAUUCGGAAGUGGAGAUGGCCCAGGAUGUUAUAGAGAUCGGAAGGGAAGCCAGUAAUAUGCACUUUAUGAUUCUGAAGAAACUAGUCACUCCGAGCAUCUUGUCCUCCGAUGUCAGAAGAAGAAAGAAGUCGAACAACAAAACAAGUGAAUCGACGGAGGGGUCCAUCACUAUUUCGAGUGCAUCGACUGAGAUGAAGAUCACCAGUGACGUCACAGAUUUCGAUGAUUUGAAGCCAGUUGAGUCGAAAAGUCACGCAGCUGGAUCCUCUUCCUCGGAUAGUGGUGGAGCGUUUGAUGACGAGUAGAGAAUGAGUUGUGAACUAGUGGGACAGUGUAUUUAGUAUGAAAUUCGAGUUUUGAAA